AGUGUCUGCAUUACUCCCCUCUGCUGUCUUCUAGGAUGGUGCCAUUCACAGGCAGCUUCUUCCCUCACAUUGGCAAGAUGACUUGUGACCAAGAGUCCAAACCCAAAGCCCUGAGCUUGGAUCUCAUUGGCUCUUUUUUGAAUUGUGACUUGUCCUUGAGAUAAUCCCUGAAGCUGGCCUGGCCUGAGGCCAGAGUGGCGUUAACAUUAAAUGAAAUACAUUCUGAAAGUUGGGGAGGGAUGUUUUCUGGAGGAAUAUUAGGGUUCUGUCAAUACAGGUGAAGGGGGUUAGCAGCCUAGGCACCCACAUUCCUCUCAUACUGGCCUAAGGAAAUUGAGCAGGAUAAUCUAGGGAAGAGAAAGGGUUCUGCCUCCCAGAUAGAUCUUGGUUCUCUUUUGCAUUUGGAUAAAUCAAUUUGGGCUAUCACCUGUUAGUUUACUAAAGUAAUCCUGAUAAUUCAUAUUUGGAGAGAGAGAGAGAGAAAUAAGAGAUAGUUUUGAAGUAUUGGGUACUUACUAUCAGGUCUGGGCAGACUGUGAGCAGCCAAGGAACUGUAAAUGCCUAGAGAAUCAAGGAUAGGACUGUCAAGCCGAUAAGAAGGAGAAAGGGGACUACCCCUGCUGGGACAAAUUAGAAAAAGUGAAAGCAAAAUGCCAUAGGGGAACUAUUCAGUAAUGCAGCAGAGUUUCAUGACCCUCAGUGAUUUCUUAUGACCUGGACAGAAUGAGAGUUGGUUCUUUAUCAGUUUAGAGUUUGGGAAACAGAAUGCACUCAGGAAAACUUGUUUUGUUAUACUUUCUCUUUUUUUGUGAAACUGGGAGUUGAACCCAGGGCCUAGCACAUGCUAGGCAACUACAUCCAACUACAUCCCUGCCCCGCAUGAGAACUUGUUUUGGAUUUGCUGAUGGCUAGUGUAGAUUAGACUAGAAGAGUCAGCAAAAUUUUCCUGUAAAGGAUCAGAUAAUAAGUAUUUUAGGCUUUGUGGGCCACAGAGGGUCUCUGUUGUAUCUCUGUAUUUUCAAUCUUUUUUUGGUGUGGGGGAUUGCACCAGGGCCUUCUACACUGUAAUCACAUGCUCUAGAUAUUUCUCUUCUUGUUUGUAUUCACAGUCCUUUAAUAAUGUAAAAACCAUAUUUAACUCGCAGCUCAUUCAAAAGCUGGAGUAGAGCUGAAGUUUGCUGAGCCUUAGCAUGGGUUUUGGAGUCAAGUAGGCCCAGGUUCCAGUCCUAUCUGUGUGGUGUGGUAAUGCCUGGGCAUUUUAACCUUUCAAAGACUCAGCUCCUUUAGUUUUCUCAUUUGUAAACUGAGUCUGAUGAGAGUACCCAUCUCAGAAGGUGAUUGUGAGAAUGGCUUAGAAAGUAUCAGCUCUUUGGAGUUAGUUACCCUUUACGCCUUUACUUGGAUCCUUUUGGCGUGACCCUUUACGCCUGUGCAGCAUGCUCUGGAGGGGAAGAUGAGCCAAGCUCUAAUGGCCUUUGUAAUUUUUAUCAUUGUUCCUCUUUUGGUGCCCUCUUUUUCUCUCUUCUGGACAGCACUUCACCAGGUUUUGGGAACUUGGUGCUAAUCUCAGUUUCAUUUCUGGUGUGUUCAGGAAGUGACCCACAUUUUAAUCCAUAUUUGGCAGUAACUGAAAUAAAUUGGCUAGAUUCAUUAUAAAAAUGCAGAAUAUGUACUUGUUUUGCUUCAAGCCUGAAAUUCCCUCCUUAUCCCCUUUUAUCUAAUUGCAUUCCAAUUUAUCAGCCUAUCAGGACUCUUAUAGAAACCAGAAUUAUUUUUUUCCUCUUUUAGCAGAGACAACGUCGCUUGUUGAACUUGGUGGAUGGAUAUAAGUAGGUUUUGAAAAGGACUAAAUUUCUCCCCUGAAUCUCAGCCCUGUCAUCACCACUUUGUACAGAUUUGUCUUCAGCGAAGCGCAAGUUUGCAGAUUCCUUAAAUGAAUUUAAAUUUCAAUGCAUAGGAGAUGCAGAAACAGAUGAUGAGAUGUGUAUAGCAAGGUCUUUGCAGGAGUUUGCCACUGUCCUCAGGAAUCUUGAAGAUGAACGGAUACGGAUGAUUGAGAAUGCCAGUGAGGUGCUCAUCACUCCCUUGGAGAAGUUUCGAAAGGAGCAAAUCGGGGCUGCCAAGGAAGCCAAAAAGAAGUAUGACAAAGAGACAGAGAAGUAUUGUGGCAUCUUAGAAAAACACUUGAAUUUGUCAUCUAAAAAGAAAGAAUCUCAGCUACAAGAGGCCGACAGCCAAGUGGACCUGGUCCGGCAGCAUUUCUACGAAGUAUCCCUGGAGUAUGUCUUCAAGGUGCAGGAAGUCCAAGAGAGAAAGAUGUUUGAGUUUGUGGAGCCUCUGCUGGCCUUCCUGCAAGGACUCUUCACUUUCUAUCACCAUGGUUAUGAACUGGCCAAGGAUUUUGGUGACUUCAAGACACAGUUGACCAUUAGCAUACAGAAUACAAGAAACCGCUUUGAAGGCACCAGGUCAGAGGUGGAAUCCCUGAUGAAGAAGAUGAAGGAGAACCCCCUAGAGCACAAGACCAUCAGCCCCUACACCAUGGAGGGGUACCUCUAUGUUCAGGAGAAACGUCACUUUGGAACUUCUUGGGUGAAGCACUACUGUACAUAUCAACGAGAUUCCAAACAAAUCACUAUGGUACCAUUUGACCAAAAGUCAGGAGGAAAGGGGGGAGAAGAUGAAUCGGUCACCCUCAAAUCCUGUACACGGAGGAAAACAGACUCUAUUGAGAAGAGAUUUUGUUUUGACGUAGAAGCAGUAGACAGGCCAGGGGUUAUCACCAUGCAGGCUUUGUCAGAAGAGGACCGGAGGCUCUGGAUGGAAGCCAUGGAUGGCCGGGAACCUGUCUACAACUCCAACAAAGACAGUCAGAGCGAAGGGACUGCACAGUUGGACAGCAUUGGCUUCAGCAUAAUCAGGAAAUGCAUCCAUGCUGUGGAAACCAGAGGGAUCAAUGAGCAAGGGCUGUACCGAAUCGUGGGGGUCAACUCCAGAGUGCAGAAGUUGCUGAGCGUUCUUAUGGACCCCAAAACAGCUUCCGAGACAGAAACAGAUAUCUGUGCCGAGUGGGAGAUCAAGACAAUCACUAGUGCUCUGAAGACCUACCUAAGAAUGCUUCCAGGACCACUCAUGAUGUACCAGUUUCAAAGAAGUUUCAUCAAAGCAGCAAAACUGGAGAACCAGGAGACUCGGGUCUCUGAAAUCCACAGCCUUGUUCAUCGGCUCCCAGAGAAAAAUCGGCAGAUGUUACAGAUGCUCAUGAACCACUUGGCAAAUGUUGCUAACAAUCACAAGCAGAAUUUGAUGACAGUGGCAAACCUUGGGGUGGUGUUUGGACCCACCUUGCUACGGCCUCAGGAAGAAACAGUAGCAGCCAUCAUGGAUAUCAAGUUUCAGAACAUUGUCAUCGAGAUCCUGAUAGAGAACCAUGAAAAGAUAUUUAACACCCUACCUGAUGUGCCACUCACCAAUGCCCAGCUGCACCUGUCUCGGAAGAAGAGUGGUGACUCCAAGCCCCCAUCCUGCAGCGAGAGGCCCCUGACACUCUUCCAUGCCAUGCAAUCAACAGAGAAACAGGAACAAAGGAACAGCAUGAUCAACUCCAGUUUGGAAUCUGUCUCAUCAAAUGCAAACAGCGUCCUUAAUUCCAGCAGCAGCCUACAGCCCAACAUGAACUCCAGUGACCCAGACCUGGAUGUGGUCAAGCCCACCCGGCCCAACUCACUCCCCCCGAAUCCAAGCCCAACUUCACCCCUCUCGCCAUCUUGGCCCAUGUUCUCGGCGCCAUCCAGCCCUAUGCCCACCUCAUCCACGUCCAGCGACUCAUCCCCCGUCAGGCCAGAAGAAGCGGUCCAUGAAGACUCCAGCACACCGUUCCGGAAGGCAAAGGCGUUGUAUGCCUGCAAAGCUGAACACGACUCGGAGCUCUCAUUCAUAGCAGGCACGGUCUUUGAUAAUGUCCAUCCAUCUCAGGAGCCUGGCUGGUUGGAGGGGACUCUGAAUGGAAAGACUGGCCUCAUCCCUGAGAACUACGUGGAGUUUCUCUAACCAUGGGCCCCAGCAGAACUGCUGAGCUUUACAUGGUAUCCAUGACAACCGCUGAUUCCAGUGUUGUAGGCCAGUUCUCAUUUUGCCACUGAGAAAAGCAGGAAGACUAACUCCAGUGCUACCUGUCGACAUGAAUGUUUCUGGGAACUUGCGUCACCCAUCUCCACAAUCAUCUCAGCUAACGAGAGGCAAUACUGGAAGAAACAGAAGGCAAUCAACAGAGGAGGCCAUUUGAUUUUGAUAAGAGAAAGGCUUGCAAAGCUAUUUUUUCAUGAGUGCCCUAAACAGGGAGCACUGAUUUUGUUUCAAUAGUCAUUCAAACCCCCAACUUUUAAAGGAGGAAAUAAGACAUAUACAAUCCCCAAGGGCACACAGCAUAGCUAAGUUUGACAGAGAAAAAAAAAAAAUACUGGCACCAAGGUCCAGGCUGGGUCCCUUGCUUUUGUUUACAACAGUUGCUCUUUCUGUCCUGCCUCUAAUUCUGAAAACCCACAGUGCUGCAGACAGCUGGGUCUGUCUGUUUGCAUGCAGGAUGGAGAGGGGUGACAGCUCUGUUUAUAUAACAUCCAAUCUCUCACCAUCUCCAAAGCAGCCGUUGGCCCAUCAUCAGCAAAAUUCAGUCCAUUCCUCUUAUGCAAACGAGCAUGCACUCUCCCUCCUGAGCUGGAAACUUCUCUGCCAUUGAGGGCUGCCAUCACCUAGUAACCAUGGCAACCCAACCUACUCUAAAACCAAACCCAAAAAAUAAAUAAAUAAAUAAAUAACACACACCUCUUUGCAUGACACAAUCCCCUUCCCCAUUUUGGGUUUUUGAAUGGUCUUCCAAUCACCUGGAGCAGAGGAUCAAGGAAUUAGGCUCAUCUACUUGGGGAAGACAGGAUAGCAGCUAGGAACUGUUGCCUCUCUAAUGAAUUUCAGAGGUAUCAGGAUAUAUUUGGAGAAAACUCCUCUAGCAAUGUCUUGAGAUUAUAAAUAGGCUUAAUAUUUCUGUUCUUCAUAGAACUGGUAUUUGCCUUCUAGAGGGUAAGAUGCCUCCUUCCCAAUGGGUGACUGUCUGACUGGUUCAGUUGUGUCCUCCCAUUCACUUGGUCCCUCUUAGUCACUACUCCCUGCCCUUGGGGAUUCCCACCUCUGGCUCUGUUUGCAGUGUUUUGGGCUGCUGAGCACUGGUGCCCUGUGGUUUUCAGGGAUGCUUCCCAGGCUGACUCUAUGGUCUAUAGGAUAAAAGGACAUCUACUACAUUCACUGCCACCCAGAAAAAGGGAAUCAUUUCUCAAGCUUUCAAGGAAUGAGGUAAAUAUCAUAGGCCAUUGGAAUUCAGGAAGACACCAGAGUUGGGGGCAUGGAUGAUGGAAUAGAUACCUUCUAAGAAAGGGAAUUUCCUACUCAAAGGGCUGGGUCUUGUGGAAGAUUGUCUUGGAUGGGGAAGUUCCACCUGGACAUUUCAAAUUCACUUGACCUCCAAAGAACAGAGUCGCCAUAUCUUCCAUGUGUGAAUCUUCUUAUAAGAAGGACAACUAUAAACUGUCAAUCUCCCCAGGAGUCCCUUGGAAGGCAGCAUUGCUCCAGAGUGUCCUGUUUCUGGAAUUCCAUUAGGGACCUCUAAUGAAGAAAAGAAAAACUUGAAUUGUGUUGAAUUACUGUAUCUUUUUCUGUCUUUUUUUUUUUAAGAUAAACUUGUAAAUAGAGUGAUUUGAAACACUAUAUGGCAAAGUUUUAUAUUUGAUAUUCUUUAAGCUAGUUGCUUCACAUUUAGGCUGUGAUUGCUGAAUAAGUGUGUUUCAGAGUGAGAGAAAGGGGGCAAGGUGGAAGAGUCAAGGUCAUUGUGCCCUCUGGCCUGGCAGCAGAAGAUAUGCCCAUGUGCCUGCUUUCUGCCAGCUCCUGUUGAUGGGUGCAGCAGAUCGAAGUGGUUUGGUCUUCUCUAUUUUACAUGUGUUUUUGAGCAUUCUGGGAUUUGGAGAUAGAAAGAGCAUCUUCAGGCAAUGAGAUUUUUCCAAAAAUGCCCACUUAGCAGUAAGCUAAAACUCAGGAUUCAAAUAAGUGGGUCCAGGGAUGAAGUUUUUUAUUUGGGAGGGGGGGUUGUUUUGUUUUCAUUUUGAUUUGUCUUGUUUUUCAUUCUCAGGUGUAUCUCUUGGUGUACUCCAAGGUGUUAAGAGAGAAGGAGAUGGGACACUUGGUUUACCCCUUACUUCUCUCUGCAUCUUCUAAGGCUUUAUCCAUGGGGACACUCCACUUUGUAAAUUGAGUCUAUAAGUUAAAACAAAAGAGCCAGCUGCUCUGGAUCCUUAGUUCCUGAUGUGCUGCUGCUUUCGCUUUUCUCCUGCUCUAUUUUACCUCUAGAUUCCCUGCAACCCCCAAAUAAGAAAAAGACCCCAAGAGGGAUGUAGAUUGUGUCAUUACAAUUUUCAUGAUGGCUUUGAAGCUAGCGGAGUUUGUGAUUCACUAUUCAGUUUAUCAGCUCCAGGAUUAUACAGCUGAUAUCUAGGAACUCACCCAGAAGCAAGUGAGACAUAACACUUGAAUCAAAGAAGAAUUAAGCAUGUACAAGACCCAGGCAGAACUCAAGAAAGCUAUUGUUGAAACCCAAAGAGAAAAGGAAUAUACUAAUGUGUGCCCAGCCUGUUCCCUAUGGGCUUGGGAACAAGGUGGGAGAUGAGGGGCAUGCACACUUAUUUACAUAUCAUUGUACUUUCCAGAUUUAAAGAGCCCAGGAUAAUGCUUUUGAUGCAUUUGAUGUUUUAAUUUGUCACCUGACCCAUAGUACUUGGAGUUUAAUGUAAAGGAACAGAAGUACUAUGGUGGAGCACACUAUAUAGCCACUUGGCCCCAGCUUGAGUACUUGGAAGUGUGUCCUUCCCCCCCUGAGAUGGCCCUGUGUUGAAGCUUCUACCAACAGAAUCUUUUAGGCAGACACUUCCCAGCUUCCCUGAAGCCAUUCUGGGCCUGUGACAGCUGUUCUGUUUAGCCAGGCUUCUCUCCCUAUCAGCUGAAGAACUGGAGAAACUGUCCAGAAUAUGAACCGACCAGUAGGAAGGAACUUGAAGAUUAAAAAUGAAUUUUAAACUGGGUGCUGUGGCAUAUUCCUGUAAUCCCAGUGGCUUGGGAGGCUGAGGCAGAAGGAUCUCAAGUUUAAAGGCCAGCCUCAGCAACUUAGUGAGGCCCUAAGCAACUUAAUGAGACUCUGACUCAAAAUUAAAAACAAAACAAAACAUAAAAAGGGUUAGGGAAGUGGCUCAGUGCUUACAUGCCCCUGGGUUCAACCCCUGGAACAAACAAACAAAAAAAAAAUGAAUUUUACUCUCUCCAUUAUCCAGGUCUCCCAUCCCUAAUUCUUUCUGCUUGAACAGGGAACUCUAAGGCAAAUUAGAGAAAUGAAUUGGUAUCAGAGUAGAAGAUCAUCCAUGAGGAUCCCAAAGCUCUCCUAGGAGCCUUGAGUUUCCUUUAUAUGACUCAUAGCCUGAAUCUUUGGGGGUUAUCAAGCUCCGCCUUUCACUCCUCCUUCAGGCACUCCCAGAAGCCCACAGUUAAACAAUUCCAUGCCAGGAGAGGAUAACUUGCAUCACAUCCCUGCCCCCAGGCAAAAUCCUGACUUUCACAAGACUAAUGAAAUUCUCUGCAGUUUUUCAAAAUAAACAUGCCAUACCUCAGAGGAAAGUCUUUCUGUCAACUGAGUUUGCCCCCCAAAAUGGUAAUCCCUGUCACACUAAAAGCUCUAUCUUGACUACAGAGGCUCCAAAAACAUUCCUCAUUGAUGGCUGGCAAACAGAAGGUACGCUGCAGGUAGCCAGGUUGUCCGUUCAUGACCAUUAUUGGUACAUUUUGUCCUCUGACUUCUGUUUCCAAAAGCAAGAUUGGAUCAGAGUUUUAUAUAAUGGGACACCCGGCUGCACCAACAGCCACCAUGACACCCAUUGUUUGCUUUGCUAUUGAAUGUUUUACGAGCAACCAUGUUCCCCAAAUAGGUAGCCAGCACUGAAGGAACCAAAGCCUCUUAGCUGCCUGGCUUUCAAAGGAAUGUCCUAGGUGUCUGUCUAGGGAGUUAUCUAUCAUCUCUGGCAAAGUUGACAAUAAUCAAUUAUGGUGACAGUCCUGCCCCACAUCUCUUUAAAGUCAGCCAGGUGCCCUCUCACACACCCUGUGCUGGUGUUUAAAAAAUGUCUCUUGUGCUCAAAUGUGUUUGGCAGUCACGCUGAUCUUCUGGGUGCUGAACCACUUCUCCGUAAUUGUAGCAUCAAAAUGACAACAGUGCAGAGCAUGGAACCUUGCACAAUCCUGCAGCAUGCCUGAGAUACUCCAGCAAGUAAUAAUUAGCUUUCUUCCUUUUGCCGCCUACAGUACUUGUCUAACUGAAGAGCUUCCCAAAGCAGACAGAGAGGCCACAUAGAGAAUCCCGAUGUGAUUCAGAGCCAGCCCUUGCUGAAAUGUAGUCUCUCACGGAUGCACCUCUGUUCCCGAGAGAAAAAGUAUUGGAUGUAGGGAGUGUGGCGAACCAUUCUGAGAAACUCUGGAUUAUUUUAGAGGGAUAAAAUAUUGUUUUUAAUGGGGAGGAAAAACAACUACAGAAAAAUUUCACAAUUAAUAUUUUUACAAAAUCUUGGUGGGACAUUAUAAUGUGAAAAUGUCUUUCAAUGUGGAAUGGUUUAGAGAGCAAAGACAGCUCAGUCCUAGACCCAUGGAAGGAGAACAGUUAGCCAUUGUGUCCAACUUCACAGUAGCAUAGUCAGUGAGAAUCAGAGUAUUGAUAACCAAAAUGUCCGAGUUCCUGGAACAGCCCUCUUGAGGCUAUGACAGUCUCUGUCAUUAUAUACCAUUCAUUUGUACAAAGUUGUCCAAGUGAACACUUAUAAGCAGCUUUCUUGGUUAUUCAGAUGCCAGGAUCAACCUUAUAUCUGUGAAAAGAUAUAUCUGAUGAUUCUAAGGUGUAAAUGUAUGUGCUUGUGUGUGUGUGUGUGUGUGUGUAGUAUAUAUCUACACAUGUAAAGAUACAGACUCAUACAAAGAUCCACAUGAGGAGGCUGUUGAUUGCCUAGCAAAAGAUCAAAGAUGUAAAUUAAGUGCCAUUUAAAAUCUGUGUUCAUAUUUAUCAGGUAGUGUUAUCUGCAGCUAUGUUCCUUCUUAACUUAUUAAAAGUCAUGUUGAAAAAAGAUCAGUUCCAUAGACGCUUAGUAGCUAAUGCUAGGCUAGUGUUCAAAAACACUCUAAAAGACAGUGUGUCCAUAUUUUGGGAAAGAAACUAUUUGCAUGUUUAAUUCAUAAUUUAGAUUACCUCUGAGUAUACUGUAAAAUGCUGUGUGAUAUAAUAUCAAUAAAGUACUUAUAAAAUGGCACUUUAAUGUUUUCUUUAAAAAAAAAAAGAAUGCACUGUUUUAAACUUCAGUAUUGAAUAUUGACUGGUGCAUAGAAUCAGUUUCCAUAAUUAAAAAGUAAUCUGUGACUAGGAUAGAACUUUUCCCCUAUUAUUAGAAAAACAUUUUACUGUGUUCAGGCUUUUUAAAAAUGUGCUUUGGUGUCAUACGUGUAUCUAUAAAAAACACACAAUUUCGGUCAAGCAGCCUCUAAAACUCGGCUUUCUUAUAUUUGCUUGGUUAUGUGACAAUCCCUAUGAAAUGAGUGGAAGUAUGACUUUUGAAUUAAAUGACUUUUCCAUUUG